UUAUUUCAUUCAUUCGAAAACCAGCUGCUAAGUUCAAAGUGAGAAAGUUGCGAAAAAGUUGUUUGAUAUUUUUCUCUAGAUAUAGCUAGAUCGACGUAUUACUAACGAAAUGAUAUAUAUGUUGAAAAUUUAUUGCACUAAUAGGCUCAACAAGUUUUGUACAAAACAAUAACUGAACCCUAGAUAAUUUCUGUUAUACCCGUUAAAAAGUAUUUGGUUACACCCCGAAACUAAAUUGCAGUUUCAAGAAAAUGUUUUCUUUGGUGAGACAAACUUGUGCCUUUGCUACUAGGUCCAUGAAACCAUUACAUUUUAGUGAAGGCAUGACUAAUGCAAGUCGAGGUCGUAGUGUACUCGAAGGAAUUGAUAUUAGUGGGAUCUUAUCAACUGGGCAAAGCUCCAGAAUGUCAGCCAUUAGCUAUCUAUCUGGUUCCCAAAAUUUUGAGUGCACCGCUGGAACAAUGAAUCAAGUUAAACAAGUAAUCAUAGAAAAACUAGGUAUCGAGGUCGGAUACAUGCCAUUCGUCAGUACUCGAGAGCAUUUGUCUAAAUACGCACCAACAUCUAUUGAACAACUACCGGCGAGGUCAAUGCAAGAUUCUUUCACAUCAGCAAUUAUUCCUUUAACAAGCGACAAAAUACUCAAGGAUAAGUAUGUUGGAUUUAUGGGCAACGUUCGUUUGGGUCGUCUAAUGGAGGAUAUGGACAUGUUCGCAGUAUGGGUUGUGCACAAGCAUUUACUGCUACCAGACCUUCCCGAGGGGGUCGCUACUCCAUACACCUUUGUCACUGUUUUAGUUGACAAGGUUGACUUCACCGAUUUGGUUCCGACGCAUGAUGCUGAUAUCCGAUUGUCUGGUCAUGUAAGUUGGGUUGGAAAGACCUCGGUGGAAGUAGUUGUGUGGAUGGAACAAAAGUUGCAUGGAAAAUGGCAGAAACUUACUAGAGCACUAUUCUUGAUGGCAGCUAGGGAUGCGACUAAUACUAAAGCAGCAUUGAUCAAUCCAUUAACUCCGGCAAAUGAAGAAGAGCAAACUAUCUUCAAUGGAGGCGAAACUCGCAAAAGGAGGAGAAUUCAAUUACAAAAAGAAGACCUACUUAAAACUGAACCGAACGAUUUUGAACAAGGCUUAGUACAUGAUCUCUUUGUCAAAUCUAUUGAUACGAAAAGUCGUGCAUUUAAUAAACGCAUUCUUCCACCGGGAUAUGUGUGGAUGGAAGAUGCAACGAUGUCUAAUAUUGUGUUUUCCCAUCCGGAAGAUCGCAACGCACAUAACAAGGUUUUUGGAGGAUUUCUCAUGCGAAACGCACUUGAACUUAGCUGGGCUUUGGCGUACAAUUUUGCGAAACGACGACCCAAAUUAGAACACGUUUCGGAUAUUAGUUUUCAUCAUCCGGUUGACGUUUCUUCGAUGUUAAAUAUGCAAGCGCAUGUGAUCUAUACCGAUCUUCACUACAUGGAAAUCAUUGUGCUAGCAGAUGUUUACGAUGCAGUAACGGGUCAGCAAACAACAACUAAUUCGUUCUAUUACACCUAUUCGGUCACCGAGAGACUGCCUAGCAUAAUGCCAAAGACUUAUCACGAAGCAAUGUAUUAUUUAGAUGGACGUCGAAAGUUUCGUUAUUGUAUGGGAAUCGAUCAACCACAUGAUGCAACCACCAGACAAAGUGAUAAGAGCAAACUAUAGAAUUUAUUAUACAUUUAACAAAUUGAUAUUAGUUGCAAACUAAUCGGGGUAAAUUAUUCAAGUUGUGAACUACAGGUAAAUGUUUUGUGAUCCAUUUUUUUGGUUGUUGAAAUUUAAAUAACAAUAUAAUAAAAGUAUUAACAAAA